AUGUGGACACAACUGUUGCAGAUGAAACAAACUGUAGCAGAACAGACAUCCAUUGCUGAGGCCACUUCUGCAGCUGCAGUCACAACAGCAGGUGCAGAUGUGACAACUGCAGCAGAACAGACAUCCAUUGCAGAGGCCACUUCUUCAGCUGCAGUCACAACAGCAGGUGCAGGUACUACCACAGCAGAGGGAACAACUAGUCCUGUGGUGGAUACAACUGUUGUGGAUGUGACACAACAAUCUCGGCAGAUACCACAACAGCUGAGGAACAACUUCUCCUUCAGUGGACACAACUGUUGCAGAUGUAACAACGCAGCAGAACAGACAUCCAUUGCUGAGGCCACUUCUGCAGCUGCAGUCACAACAGCAGGUGCAGGUACUACCACAGCUGAGGGAACAACUAGUCCUGUGGUGGAUACAACUGUUGUUGAUGUGGUAACAACAGAGGCACAGACAUCUUCUGUUGUAGACACAACAAUCUCGGCAGAUACCACAACAGCUGAGGGAACAACCUCUCCUUCAUUGGAUACAACUAUUGCAGAUGUGACAACUGCAGCAGAACAGACAUCCAUUGCAGAGGCCACUUCCACAGCUGCAGUCACAACAGCAGGUGCAGGUCCUACCACAGCUGAGGGAACAACUAGUCCUGUGGUGGAUACAAACGUUGUGGAUGUGUAA